CAGAGAGAAGAUAUCCGUAAAACAAAAGCAAUGUAAAAUGCUAAAAAGUGAACGCAGCUGCCACUCCGUCUCGUUUGAUAUAUAACAAGUGGUGUGGGUGGUUGUGUGUUUGUUGGUUUCGUUUGUUUGUUUUGUCUUUCUUAUUUGCUGAUUCAGUUCCUCGGAGUCGGAACGGGUUAACGGGGGAGUAAAAGACAGCCAGCGACUUGGGAUCCGACGUCAGCGCAAGCAAACAGGCAAGAACAGACCGCGGGACGUAGGGACACACGUACAGUAGACACACAGACUGCCGGGGAACGGGGAAAUAUUAAAAUCAGCAAUUAGAAAGAUAACGGUUCCCGGGGUCGUUCUAAUGAAGUGUCGCCGCUCAGCCUGUCUCCGUGAGAUACAGUGCGCAUCAGCUGGGUCUUCUAAGGACAGCCCUGACAGCGUGAUGUUUUAAAACGUUUCCUAAUCAGAUUUGUUUGUUGUUCUUGCAAGUGUGGAAGAUGGCAGCGAACAUGUACAGGGUAGGAGAUUAUGUUUACUUUGAGAACUCUUCCAGCAACCCAUAUUCAGUGAGACGAAUAGAAGAAUUGAAUAAGACUGCAAAUGGAAAUGUGGAAGCCAAAGUGGUCUGUUUCUACAGGAGACGAGAUAUCCCUAGCAACCUCAUUGCACUGGCUGAUAAACAUUCAAAGGAGCUGGAAGAGGAGAUUGAAGGGGAGAGUUUGCAGCAGCUGACUGAGAGACAGAUACAUCAGCUGAAGCACAGAGAGCUCUUCCUGUCCAGACAGCUGGAGUCUCUACCAGCCACCCAUAUACGCGGGAAAUGUUGCGUUACUCUGCUGAAUGAAACAGAAGCACUCUUUUCCUACCUAGACAAAGAGGACGGGUUCUUCUACGGCUUGGUCUAUGAUCCACAGCAGAAGACACUGUUGGCGGACAAGGGCGAGAUCCGAAUUGGGCCGCGAUUCCAGGCCGAUAUCACAGACCUCAUGAAAGAAGGUGAGACUGACGAUAGGGAUCAGACAGAACUGGAAACAAAGAUCUGGGAGCCAGAGAGUCUGUUAACUGAUCAGCAAAUAGACCAGUUCCUGGUUAUUGCACGCUCCGUCGGCACCUUUGCCCGCGCACUGGACUGCAGCAGCUCCAUCAGACAGCCCAGUCUACACAUGAGCGCUGCGGCUGCAUCCAGAGACAUCACCCUGUUCCAUGCCAUGGACACCCUGCACCAGUGCAGCUAUGACAUGUCGUGCGCGAUCACAGCCUUGGUACCUCGGGGGGGUCCGGUGCUGUGCCGGGAUGAGAUGGAGGAAUGGUCCGCCUCCGAGGCAAACCUCUUUGAAGAGGCGCUGGAGAAAUACGGCAAGGACUUCGCCGACAUUCGACAGGACUUUCUACCGUGGAAAUGCUUACCCAGUAUUGUAGAAUAUUACUACAUGUGGAAGACUACAGACAGAUAUGUGCAACAGAAACGUUUAAAAGCGGCCGAAGCAGAAAGCAGACUGAAGCAAGUUUAUAUCCCAAACUAUAACAAGCCCAGCCCGAACCAGAUUAGUGGGAACAGUGUGAAGCUCAGUAUGGUGAAUGGGACAGGAUCACUGGGUCAGAACAGCAGUGCGGGCCGAGCCUGUGAAAGCUGUUACUCGACCCAAUGCUCUCAGUGGUACUCUUGGGGUCCUCCCAGCAUGCAAUGCAGGUUGUGUUCCUCCUGCUGGAAUUACUGGAAGAAGUACGGUGGCCUGAAGAUGCCAACAAGACUGGAGGGCGAGAGGCUGGGGCCCAAUAGGAACAGCAUGAGCCCCUUUGGAUACUGGGUAAAGAACGCCAACCCCAAAUACACGCUGAAGACCAAGCAGGCCUUCUAUCUCCAGACCACCACGCUGACCAAAAUCGCACGCCAGCUGUGCCUGGCCCUCCUGCAGCCUCGCCGAGCAGCUCGCAGACCCUUUGUACCGGUCAACAGCGCGGAGAUCAAAGCACAGUGCUCGGCAACACUACCUGACGAAGCCAAGAAGUUAGUGAAAAUGAGGCCGAUGGUGAGGAAGCCCUUGGAAUCAAUCAUCAAGUACAUGGAGCUGCACCCCUAUGUAAGGCCAGAGCCGGUUAAAUCUGCCGUUAGCCUGGCUCCACACACUGGCAGUGCCAGCGUGGCAAAAGUGGCCCCGGUCAUCAACCACGGCUCCACCACCAUCCUGGGCAAGCGCAGCUACGAGCAGCACAACGGAGCCGAAGGUCAGUGUCUCGGAAAUAUGAAGAAAAGGCUACUGAUGCCAUCUAGAGGUUUGCCAAACCACAGUCAAAUGCGACAACUUGACUGCUCUCCCCGCCCCCUCCCCCACCAGACCAGCCUCAAUAAGAGUUACCUGCUGAAUGGAAAGCCCUAUGAGAGACCCCAGCGGAUGAUAAAGCACGGCUCUCUACCGCCACUCAAGGGCCGGAGGAUGAACUGGAUCGACGCUCCCGAUGAUGUCUUCUUCAUGGCCACUGAGGACAUCAGAAAAGUCCGCAAACUCCUGGCUUCCUUUGAUAUCAAGAGAGCAGCCAGGCAGCCUUACAAACAAAUCAUCAAGCACAUUGAAUCUGAGCUGGACGUCCCAGCACAGCUUCCACAUCAGGUCAACGAAGAGCCCAUCGUCAUUGAAGACUAAACCCCUCCUUCGCUCACAAGCUGAGUGGAUUUACAACAGAGCUCCUGCCCCAGUGCGUUAAACCUGCAAAAUACCGAAACGAUCCACCACCCUCCUCCCCAGCACUUUGAAAACAUUGAAUAGUUUUAACUCGAGACAACGACAGUGAAUUGAAGAUCCAGCAUCUAUUAAAACAGGAGUCCUGUUUGUUUUUUGUUUUUUUUGUAUAAAUGCAUUUUUCCUUUUUUUUUUUUUAGGGACAGAACUUUGUCUGGGUGUCUGUUUUCACAGAAGGUGGUUUUAUUUGAUUCAUCGUAGGUUUGUAAUCCAGUGAAAGGAAAGAACUGGUUGCGUUGAAGACAUUCCUAACCUCCCGCUACAAGGAGCAGCAGACGGACGUCUCUGGUUCAUUGCGUGACUGACAGGCUUGAGGAAAAAAAAAAAAAAAGCUUGCAUGGGCUGCUGCUGAAACUGCCUGAGGAAAUGUAACAAUUCUGGUUUCUUCAAAGAUGGGGAAACUAAGAAUCACUAUGUUUAAGAAUUUUACUCAUUCUGUCUUCAGUCAUUCUGAAUGGGUCUGGCUUCGGUUUCUCCAAGAUCGAGUUCUGAUUAUUUUUCUAUGCCUUUUACCUGGCUUCAAGCUUGCCUGGAAAAUCUAAAGUGCCAGGACCAAACAGCCUACCUCAUUCCAUUCAAAACAUGCGACUUUGUAACGUUUCAACUUACCCUGCCACCUGUUCCAUAUAUAUAUAUAUAUAUAUAUAGACAGAGUGAAUAGGUGGGGUUGACAGAGUUGAAAUUGUAGAUUGUAACAUGGUUUGAAUGGAAUAAGAAAGGCUGUUCAGUACCUGGCAGACUCAAAGCCAGUUACAGAACAAUAAUAAUAAUAUUUGAGCAACGCAAUCCAGAAUCCCUCUAAUCGCUAACGGAAUCAUUUUGAACCGUUGCGCACCUCCAUUCCAUGAAGAUCUUACAUGUUUUAGUAAAUAUAUGUUUACAUUUUUGUAAAUUAUAUCUGAUAGGUUAAUGGGCAACUUAGCAUGGUAAUAGAGAUCUUUUUUUUUUUUAAUUAAUUAAUUUUUUAUUUCGAAUGCCCAGUUAUUUUACUCCCAAUUUUGUCCUCAAUUUAAAAUGUCCUCGUUGUUUUCGUUCUGGAGAACGGAGGGUUCAGCGGGCGUCCUCCGAUCCCACGACCAAGCCAGUUUCCACUUUCACACCCAGGAAACCGAGAGCGGAUGUCAGCGAGCUACCAGCCUCUGGAGGACAAAGGCUUUUCAAGCUUUUCUCUUGCUUGAUUUUCAUUCAUAAGAAGUUGCACAGUGGAGUGAAAAUCUUUGAGAACUUCAACCUGAAGUAUCAUCUUAUCUACAGAGCAAGGUCCAAGGUUUUCUUUGAUACGAAACGUAAAACAUAAUUAGCAUGUGUUCUCUGGCAUUCUUAUGCUCCAUUCUUUUCGAUGUGUCACAGUGUGCCAACAGAGAAGCAUUUUUUCUUCAGAUUUUUGAGGUUCAUUUAAGUUGCUCAUCGUGUGCCAAAGCAGUGGAAUACAAUGUCAUCGAUUUUCAUCCAAUUCCGAAUCUUUGUUCCAACCCUGAUCUAAAUUGUUUUUUAUUAAACCAAAGAAAACUCCAUCCAGACCCUGAUAAUCUCAUUUUACCUAACCUGGAGUGGAAUGGCCCUUGGAGUAUUUGGGACUGGGCUUCAGUGAGUUACAGGAAAAUAAUUCCAUCUAGGGUUUCUGUGACGUCAUAAACUACGAGAGCGAAGGUGGAGUUUAUAAACUGUCACAGAAACCUGAGAUGGAAUUGUUUUCCUGUGACUCACUGAAGAGGCCUAUCUGUUAUUUUUUAUAAUCCAUGGAUACCCUUGUGAUGCUAAUAUUAAAGAAGACGAGAUUCAGCAGUACAGUUGUUUUUUUUAAACAUCGUGUUUCAGCGCUGUACAGACGUUCUGUGUCGUUAUCCGUUAGUGUUUCAGCUUUAUUUGGAUGAUUGCCUUUACCUUGUUUUAAUUUCCUCUACAGUUUCUGAGAUACGAAUUUACAGACUUUACAUCAUUUUUUUUUUAACGUAUUCUCAUUUUGUUGAUCAUUAAUGAACAUUUCUGUACUGUGGGUGUUGUCGAGCGAUUGAAAACAAGACAUUUUGUUUUUGAAUUGAAAGUGAUGGUCUUGAGGAGUCGAAUGGGUCAAAGUUCAAGUAUAUUUUCCUCUAGAGGAAUUAUCACUUUUUGACGUCACUGCUGUGGUAUUAUGCCUUUUUUUUGAAUGGCUGAAAAAAAAAAAA